AUGGGUGGCACCAGCUCUAUCAACUCGAUGAACUUCGUGCGUGGCAGCAGGCAUGACUUUGACAAUUGGGCAAAUGAAUACAACGCCACUGGCUGGAACUACACAAAUGUGCUGGAGAACUUCAAAGCCAUCGAGAACUUCAACAUAAGCACGGUGCCUGAAGAACAGAUAAAGAAAUACCACGGCAAGAGCGGUGAGACACCGAUCAACUAUCCCGGCUACAACACAUCACUGAGCUACGCUUUUCUUAAUGCGUGCAACGAGUCAAACUAUGACUACGUCGAUUACAACGGCCAGAACCAUACGG